UAUUCUGCAUUUAUUCUAAUCAGGGCCUUAGUUAUGUGCAAGAGUCCAAAUAUGUUGUAUAAAUAGCUUGACUGUUGUCCUGCCCUUAAAUGAACUGAAUUUGAAUGUCACAGCAUGAGAGAAUAUGAAAACAUAGUGCUAGGGGGAGGAAGUGAGAGAGGAAAGGGCUGUAUUUCUCUGGACUACGCUGAAGUUUGAAUCUAAAGUUUUUGCUCUGAGUUCUUCUCUCCUUCCACUUUAUAGUCCAGGCUCACAAAAAAAAAAUCCAUGUUUAUUUGUCAUAGUUUCCACCGACUAAACCCAACAGCAGAUUAAAGUUGUGAGCACUGCUUCCUGGUAUUUCCUUUUUUGAAGAUUUUUUUUUCCAGGCUACUUUUGAACUGGCUCCAUGUUCACACACACACGCACUGACAUUCACGGCGAGGUUACACCCAGCUGGUUCCUUCUCGAGGGUAAAUUCUUGGGAUUCGCAGCGUCCCAACAGCCGAUUUCCCUUCCUUGCUGCUGGGGGAGGCAGGUUCGCUGGUUGCUGCCUUGGUGCUCACUGGCUGCCGCUGCUGGAUCUUCCCCUGGAGGAGCCCGUCGCUUCUCUUCUAAAGCAAGUGCUUUUCUUUGGGCCCCGCAAGGCGAACAAGGCGAGGCAAGGAGGGGACAUAGGGGAUCCGGGAUCAGCCUCUCCUGCCCCAGCAGCAGCCAGGAUGCUCUGAGCCGGCGGCAGCAGCUGGGCCGAGGAAUCCCGCCGGACUAGGCGCCCCGUGAGGAGGCCCCGCAGCGCCGCCCGGCAGUAGCAGUAGCAGUAUGGGCAGCGGCAGCAGCAGGAGGAAGCGGGGCUGCAGCCCGGGCGCGCAUCGCCCCGCAGGGGGCAGGGGCAGCAGCGCCCCCAGCGGCCAGGGCGGGGAGGCCAGUGGCGGCCCGGCGCCCGCCCCCACGAAGCUGCCUAGCAGCAGCCUGCGGCGGCCGGGCGCGGAGGCGGAGGACUCGGACUGGGAGCUGCUGGAGGCGGUGUUGGCUGAGUGCGAGGAGCCGGACGCGCUGCUCCCCACGGCCCGGGGCUCGGCUGCCCCCAUCCAGGGCCCGCCCCCUCGAGGGCCCGCCGGGGACUCCUGGACCGGCCACGGCUGGGACUCGAGGGCGGCGGAAGCAGCAGCAGCAGCAGGGAGCGGGGCCGCUGGAGGGGACCUGCGGGCCUCCCUAAUAAGAAGCACACAGGACCCAGAGAACAACACCUCCACCAACGUUAAAGAUACUCCGUUGUGUCACUCUGCAGGUGUCCAGUCAGAAAUAACAAGAAGUCCGAGAUGCAAUCCCCAAUAUCGUAUGAUUACUCUGAAGAAGAGCUCAUGGCGACUAUUGAACGAGAGUACUGCCGCUAAGAGCCAAUGCUGUAUGAUUGCAGCUGACAGUGGCACAUGUGAGCGAGGCUUCUGCAAACCAAAUAACCGUGCAAAAUAGUGAGAUUGUUCUGAACAUGAAAAUGAAAGGAGAGAAAAUGUUACCACUCAGGAAGCUGUAGUAUUGUAGGACUUCGUUAAUCAGUGCUCUUGCUCAACACUUGCCAAAAAGGAGUUCUUCAAAGGAACCCUCAUUGACCAGUGAACAAAAGCAAUGUGGUAGAGGGGAAAAUAAGUACUUAUUGCAUUCCUCAUAUGAAUUAAUAUUUAAAAGCCAGUUUCUAAGUAGCACUUGUGUAUGAAGGCUUAAUGGUAUUGUAGGGGUGAACUGUGCCAUUUUGACAGAGUGAUUUCAGUCAGAGAAGUGCAGCAAAUCAGUCCAAUAAAUUUUUACUUGGUAGGCUAGAUCCAAAAUUUACCUCUCCUGACACUAAGCUAUGGGUCAGAUUCAGAGCUACUGUAAGCAGCUUGCAACUUUUUACACCAGGUAUGAAUUUCCCCCCACUUUUUAAAAAAUAUUCCACAAUACAGAUAAAGGGGAGGAAAGGAAUCAAUCCUUCCAAACUUAGGCUGCAGGAUUUAAGAGUUCAAAUCCCAGUUCUCUAGAUGGGUGUCCCUCCACUAUCGCAGAACACGUGUGGGGUUUGUUCUGGUUAUGGACGUGACUCUGUAGCUCUCCUUUUCAAGAGAGGCAGGACACUGAAGUGGUCACGAGUCCUUUCUUCCUUAAAAAGACAAGAUUAUUGUCUAGUUUCUUACCUACUGGCUUACUGAAAUGGAAGCUACAGAAAAUCAGAAGGACAGAGUGACAUGCACACACUGGACCAAUGCAAAAUGUUUGGCCUGUUGGGUCACCCACUUUGAAAUGGGCUUUAAAAUUAUCGUAGAGCAAUAUUUCACAAAUCAGCAUGCUAGCACUGGGCGUUAGGUUUAAAUUUACUGCUUCUCGCUUACACAGGCAUUUUCAUUAGUACUUAAUUUAAAAAAUAACACUAUCAUUUGUCACUGUAAUAUCACUAUUAUAGAAAAGUAAAACAAACCAAAAAAAAUCUCCUUGUGAACCCAAAGUCUCAGAGAUUUUUAGUGUGACUGACAGUGAAGCCUUAUACUUUUAAAUUAAGGUUUCUGGCCCUGGUUUGUUUGGGUUUGGGUUUUUUUUUUAAAGCCUGAUCUACUUGGAGUAGCUGCUUUAUCAUCAAAAUUAGAAACAAAACUUUUCUGUUUCCUGAUGGAAUAUAGAACAUUUCACAUGAAAGUUCAAGGGCAAACAGAUGAGGUAGAUGCUAAUGAGAACAGUGGGAUAUACCUUUAAGAUGUCAAUGUUUGACUUUGUACUUUGGUAUAGAUUUGUUUCAAUUUCACAAAUAUAUAUGUACCACAUAAUUCUCAAUAAAAGGCAAAUUGUCAGUUUGAGAGAGAA